UUUUCAUUUCUUUUACAACAGCUACUGUAGAGUGCUACAAUCCGAGAACCAAUGAGUGGAACUAUGUGGCUAAAAUGAAUGAACCUCAUUACGGGCAUGCUGGAACUGUUUAUGGUGGUUUUAUGUACAUUUCAGGUGGGAUUACUCAUGAUACCUUCCAAAAAGAACUCAUGUGCUUUGACCCUGACACAGAUAAGUGGACCCAGAGAGCCCCGAUGACCACUGUACGGGGCCUCCACUGCAUGUGCACGGUGGGAGAUCGCCUUUAUGUCAUUGGAGGCAACCACUUCAGAGGAACCAGUGAUUAUGAUGAUGUCUUGAGCUGUGAAUUCUACACACCUGCCCUGGACCAUUGGACCCCCAUUGCGGCAAUGCUGCGUGGUCAAAGUGAUGUUGGUGUGGCUGUGUUUGAAAACAAGAUCUACGUGGUGGGAGGGUAUUCCUGGAAUAACCGCUGCAUGGUGGAGAUAGUUCAGAAAUACGAUCCCGAGAAAGAUGAAUGGCAGAAGGUCUUCGAUCUCCCUGAGUCUUUGGGAGGAAUCCGAGCAUGCACUCUUACAGUCUUUCCACCAGAGGAAAAUACUGGCUCACCUUCCCGAGAAUCACCUCUCUCUGCCCCUUAGAGAAAGAACAGGAAUGCCAUUACUUCAGCUCUUACAAAGAACUCACUUGCACAGCAUCAUAAUUAAUAUCAAAGAUUUUCUGCCUAUUUUGCUCGGUAGUAACUAUAGUAGGCAGUGACACAAGUAUAAUUACAGAAACAGUGGAUUGAGUUAUUUGUGCAGUACUGUUGACAUCGGUUGUCUGCCUGUUACAAGAGAGACAUAAUAAUAAUAUAUAUGUCCAGGAUUGAACUCUGAAAAAGUUUAGCGAUUUUACUGUUAUACAGUGUGAUUGUUUUUUCUGGGGGGGAUGCAAUGCAUUGCUGAGGAUCCCCCACUAUGAUUCAUGGAAAACAGUUUAUUAACUUACCAUUGAGUGCAUCUUCUUUACCAUCAGCUUGAGGAUUUCAAAACAUAGAUUAAUACCGUACGUAUAGAUGUGUGAAGACAGCCCAUGACAUGACUGUUUUCCAUUAUAUGUUGACCCAAGUUAAUUGGUUGCCCCAUCUAUUUGAAAUUGCGGGACACACCUUGGUUUUUUGGUACGCUAAAUUAAAUGCAGCACUGCUGGU